AUGGACCAAAGGUUGGAAAAGCUAGAACGACUUCAAAAGGAAAUGCAAGACCAGUUACAGGCGCAAAUGAAGGAGCAGAUAGAAAAGAUUCAGCAUGACAUAGAACAAAAGAUGCGGGAGUCUCAAAACGAUCUGAUAACUAAGAUGACACAAUUAUUGAAGGGAGUAGAUAAGGGGAAAGGACCUGUGAUUGUUAAUGAGGAAGAAAACAAUAGCGAACCACUUUAUCCUCCAGGUUUCACGCCUCCGCACGUGCAGGUUCAGGCUGAGCUGCAUCCACGAAGACCCUCUGUGUCGGUUAGGCCUCAGCAGUUCCAAGGCAAUGCUUCCAUACCAAUGAAUUUUCAACCCGGGGCGGGCUCUAAUCCUGGAGAUAGCCCGAAUAAUAUUGCUAUCCCAGAUCUUGACGAGAUGGCUGAAAAGGACAAGGCGAAGGAGGAACUUCCAAAACAACUUGAGGAGAAAUGGAAAUGGAUAGAAGAGAAGUUUAGGGCAAUAGAAAGCAUUGAAAGCUAUCAUGGGAUAGACGCAAAAGACCUGAGCUUGGUUCCGGACUUGGUGCUACCUUACAAAUUUAAAAUGCCGGAAUUUGAGAAAUAUAAUGGGACCAGUUGCCCAGGAGCCCAUAUUACUAUGUUUUGCAGAAGAAUGACGGGGUAUAUUAAUAAUGAUCAAUUAUUAAUACAUUGCUUUCAGGAAAGUCUUACAGGAGCGGUGUCAAAGUGGUAUAAUCAGCUCAGCAGAACAAAAAUCGCUACUUGGAAGGAUUUGGCACAGGCUUUCAUGAGACAAUACGAUCAUGUCUCAGAAAUGAUGCCUGACAGGAUAACUCUGCAGAAUUUAGAAAAAAUAUCGAACGAAAAUUUCAGACAGUACGCGCAGAGGUGGAGAGAGGUGGCGGCUCAGGUACAGCCACCUCUUUUAGAAAAAGAGAUGACGACGCUUUUUAUUAAUACAUUGAAGGCCCCAUUCAUUACUCACAUGUUGGGAAGCGCUUCAAAGAAUUUCUCGGAUAUAAUCAUGAAUGGUGAAAUGAUUGAGCAUGCCAUUAAAAGUGGAAGAAUAGAUGGAGGGGAGAAUAAUAGAAGGACAGCCCCGAGGAAAAGAGAAAAUGAAGUGAAUAAUGUGAAUGACUACGGUAGGUCAAUUACUGUGAAUCAACCAAAGAAAGUGGUUGCUAAUCAACUGGGAUCGUCAAGACAAGAGUCGAGAGCUAGGCAAACUACUGAAAAGCCCCAAUUCACUCCAAUCCCAAUGUCAUACAAGGAAUUGUAUCAGACUUUAUUCAAUGCACAUGUUGUUGCCCCUCGUUACUUGAGUCCUCUACAACCCCCGUAUCCAAAAUGGUAUGACACAAAUGCACAAUGUGAUUAUCACGCGGGAAUUUCAGGGCACUCAAUAGAAAAUUGUACAGCUUUUAAAAAGGUCCGGAAAGAGAUGGCAAAGAGGGGGUUAGUUAUUUCAAAUCUUAAGGAAAGGUACGAGCUGGGAAAUUAUUGUGAAUUCCACCAUAAAAUAGGGCACGAAAUCCAAGAAUGUGAAGGAUUCAGGGCUUUGGUUCAAAGCAUGAUGGAUAACAAGGAGAUGACGUUUUAUGAAGAGGCGGAAGAAAGGAGGAGCAUAUGCGCGACAGAGUCAGGAACAGGAACUCCGAAAAUAAAUCAUCUUGUGGUCGUUAUCUCACGCCCUAAGGGUAAUGAAACUAGGGCUCAGAAACGAUAUGACACUCAAGCAGAGUCGUCCAGGGAAGAGAAUUGGAAGAAGGAACGGAGGAAAGGAAAAACAGCAGGAGUUGAGCCAUUUGUUAAUGAACCAAUAAAAGAAGAGGAGGCAAAAGAGUUUUUGAAGUUUCUAAAGCACAGUGAAUACAGUGUUGUGGAGCAACUGCACAAACAGCCAGCCCGCAUUUCUGUAUUAGCUUUACUUCUAAGCUCAGAAAUACAUCGGAAUGCGCUUCUGAAGGUACUAAAUGAAACAUAUGUGGCCGACGAUAUAUCGGUAAACAAGCUAGAUCGGUUGAUCAACAACAUAGGCGCUGACAAUUUUAUCUUCUUCAAUGAUGAUGAAAUACCAUCCGAAGGAAGGGGUUCUACUAAAGCCCUGCACGUUACUGUCCGAUGCAAAGGAUACAUACUCCCGGGAGCCCUGGUUGAUAAUGGAUCUACACUGAAUGUAUUGCCUCUAUCCACUCUUGGUCGAUUACCGGUGGAUAGUUCGCACAUGAAAGCAUGCCAGAGUAUAGUAAGGGCAUUUGAUGGAACAGAAAAGAAGGUUAUGGGGAGAAUUGAGGUACCGUUAAGGAUUGGCCCAAUCACUUAUGAUGUGGACUUCUUGGUAAUGGAUAUUAGGCCUUCCUACAACUGUUUAUUGGGAAGACCAUGGAUACACUCAUCGGGGGCAGUACCUUCAUCAUUACAUCAGAAGGUGAAGUUGGUAUCGGAGGGUCGGUUGGUAACAAUAGAUGCAGAGGAAGAUAUUAUCGCAAUGAUGACCAGUGAUGCACCUUAUGUGGACAUCAACGAUGAUGCACUGGAAUGUUCUUUUCGGUCGUUAGAAUUUGUGAACGUGAUGUUUAUUGCGGAGGGAAGCAGAAUUCCAAUACCGAAAAUAUCCAGGACCACCGAAAUGGGGUUACGAUUGAUGAAAAAGAAAGAAAUAGAGAAGAGGCAAGAGAAAAGAAGGGCACGUUUGAGCGGAUAUGAAGCUAAGUGGGAGCCUUUAACCUUUCCCCACAUAUCUACAUCCUUUGUGUCGGGAGGAUUUAUUCAUUCUGAGUGCGGAGUGUCCGGUGGCAAAGGCAUUGAAGGAAUGUUGGAAAAUGUUCAUAUCAACACUGUGGAAGCAGCGGAAAAAAGGGCCUUAUUGGAGAUCCGCCCUUAUGAGCCGGGGAGCGAGCUAAACAAUUGGACUGCUGAAGAAAUCCCUGUAGUCUUUAGGGCUUAUUCAGAGUCUUCAGAUAUCAACGACAUGAGUGAUGCUGCUUCAAACACGGAGCCUAUUUUUGAGCAAGAAAUGUGUUUGGAGAGAUCUCACGACUUUGAAAAUAACGAAGAUUAUGGUGUGUCUCCGGACUUGCUAAGAAUGGUGGAAGAAGAGGAUAAACAGAUCCUACCUCAUAAGGAAUUAUUAGAAAUCGUGAGCCUAGAGGAUGGAAAAGAGGUGAAAAUUGGUACUGAAAUCACUGCAAAGACAAAACAAGACCUCAUUAGUUUGCUCCUAAAGUUCAAAGAUGUUUUCGCGUGGUCGUACCAAGAUAUGCCCGGGCUAAGCACUAACAUUGUGGUGCAUCAUCUGCCCAUAAAAGAGGAUUGUAAACCCGUUCAGCAGAAGCUCAGGAGAAUGAGACCUGAUAUUGUGUUGAAAAUAAAAGAAGAAGUCAAAAGGCAAUUCGACGCCGGAUUCUUACAAGAGGUCAAGUAUUCGGAUUGGGUAGCAAACAUCGUCCCUGUUCCCAAAAAAGAUGGAAAUGUACGAAUGUGUGUGGAUUAUAAGGAUUUGAACAAGGCGAGUCCAAAAGAUAAUUUCCCACUGCCGCACAUUGAUACCUUGGUAGAUAACACGGCGGGCUAUUCAUUGUUUUCUUUCAUGGAUGGCUUCUCUGGGUACAAUCAAAUAAAGAUGUAUCCUGAAGACAUGAGGAAAACCACAUUCAUUACCUUAUGGGGAACAUUUUGUUACAAGGUAAUGCCCUUCGGAUUGAAAAAUGCGGGAGCAACAUAUCAAAGAGCUAUGGUGACUUUGUUUCACGACAUGAUGCACAAGGAGAUCGAAGUCUAUGUGGAUGAUAUGAUUGCGAAGUCUAGAACGGAAGAAGAGCAUGUUCAAGUCUUGAAAAAGUUAUUUUUGAGAUUGAGGAAAUUUCAGCUCAAGCUUAACCCGGCAAAAUGCACAUUUGGAGCCAGAUCAGGAAAGUUAUUAGGCUUCAUAGUUAGCAAAAAAGGGAUUGAGGUUAACCCAGACAAAGUAAAAGCAAUACAAGAUUUACCUCCCCCGCGCACGCAGAAGGAAGUUCGGGGUUUCCUAGGGAGAUUGAAUUACAUUGCUCGAUUCAUCUCACAACUGACGGAGAAAUGUGAUCCGGUAUUUCGUCUCUUAAAGAAGCAUAAUCCGGGUGAAUGGGAUGAAGAAUGCCAGAGAGCUUUCGAUAAGAUAAAGCAGUACUUGGUUAAUACUCCAGUCUUAUCGCCACCAAGUCCAGAUAGGCCAUUGAUAUUAUAUCUAACAGUGUUGGAGAAUUCCAUAGGAUGCGUAUUAGGCCAACAUGAUGAGACAAGAAAGAAAGAAAAGGCAAUAUACUAUCUCAGCAAGAAAUUUACUGAUUGCGAAAUGAGAUACUCAUCAAUUGAGAAGUUGUGUUGCGCUUUAAUCUGGGCAACCCGAAGACUAAGGCAGUAUAUGUUUUAUCAUACGACUUGGCUGAUUUCAAAGUUGGAUCCUUUAAAGUAUAUGAUGAAAUCUACUGCUUUAAACGGGAGAAUGGCUAGAUGGCAGAUCCUGCUCUCGGAAUUUGACAUAGUAUAUGUAAGUCAGAAGGCCAUAAAGGGAAGCGCGAUAGCUGGCUUCUUAGCUAGUAGAGCCUUGGAAGACUAUGAGUCUUUGAACUUCGACUUUCCAAAUGAGGACUUGAAGUAUGUGGCGAACACUGAAGAGAAUCCUCAAAUGGGUAGCAUAUGGAGGUUAAAUUUUGAUGGAGCUUCGAAUGCUACGGGUAAUGGAAUUGGGGCAAUUUUGGUAUCCCCAAAUGGAGAUCAUUAUCCUGUUGCUAGCAAGUUGGACUUCGAUUGUACUAAUAAUAUGGCAGAAUAUGAAGCAUGUAUUAUGGGCAUUCGUGCAGCCAUCGAACGAAACAUCAAAGUGCUAAGAGUAUAUGGGGAUUCUGCAUUGGUGAUAUACCAACUAAAAGGGGAAUGAGAAACUAGGGGCCCUAAGCUAAUUGAUUAUAGAAAACUAGUUCUCGAAUUGGCUGGUGAGUUUGAUGAUAUCACCUUCUGUUAUCUCCCACGAGAGGAAAACCAGAUGGCUGACGCAUUAGCUACUCUAGCUUCGAUGAUUCAGGUGAAUAGACUCGAGGCAAUGAGGCCUAUUCAGAUAAAUGAUUGUCCUUGGUAUCAGAAUAUCCUACAGUACGUGAAGGAUCGGGAGUACCCCAAUCAAGCGACAGAGAAUGACAAAAGAACUCUGAGAAGAAUAGCCAUCGAAUAUGUCCUAGAUGGGGAAGUGUUAUACAAAAGAAGGAAGGAUCAAGUAUUAUUAAGAUGUGUGGAUGCCGUGGAAGCCAAGAAAAUAUUGGAGGAAGUACAUGAGGGUAUUUGUGGGACGCACGCCAAUGGUUUUACGAUGGCCAGACAAAUCAUGAGAUUUGGGUACUAUUGGCCCACCCUGGAAGGAGAUUGCAUAGAUUACGCCAAGAAAUGCCACAAAUGCCAAAUUUACGGAGACAAAAUACAUGCGCCUCCUUCACCUCUUCACGUCAUGACCUCUCCUUGGCCGUUUUCCAUGUGGGGUAUGGAUGUUAUUGGGCCAAUAUCACCAAAGGCUUCUAAUGGGCAUCGCUUCAUCUUUGUGGUCAUUGAUUACUUUACCAAAUGGGUAGAGGCUGCUUCAUACGCAAAUGUCACGAAGUCAGCAGUUAGCAAAUUCUUGAAGAAGGAGAUUAUUUGUCGAUAUGGAAUGCCUGAGAAAAUUAUAUCUGACAAUGCGUUAAAUUUGAAUAAUAGCACAAUAGCUGAGGUUUGCAGCCAAUUUAAAAUCAAACAUCAUAACUCAUCGCCGUAUCGUCCAAAAAUGAAUGGUGCAGUGGAGGCCGCUAAUAAGAACAUCAAAAGGAUCGUGGGGAAAAUGAUUGAAACUUACAAGGAUUGGCAUGAGAAGUUAUCAUUUGCUCUCCUUGCCUAUCGAACAUCUAUUAGAACUUCUACCGGAGCAACACCUUUUUCUCUGGUAUAUGGAAUGGAGGCGGUAUUACCCAUUGAAGUUGAAAUCCCCUCUCGGGUACUAUCUGAACUACAAUUUGGGCGAAGCGAUUGGGUCCAAUCUCGGUACGAUCAAUUGAACCUAAUAGAAGAAAAGAGGCUUAGAGCUAUUCGUCAUGGGCAAAUGUACCAGAAACGAAUGAUGCGAGCCUAUAAUAAAAAGGUCCGCCCCAGAGAGUUUCGUGAAGGAGACUUGGUGCUAAAAAAGAUUCUCCCCAUGCAAAAGGAUUCGAGAGGAAAAUGGAUGCCAAAUUGGGAAGGUCCCUAUGUUGUAAAGAAGGCAUUUUCCGGUGGGGCUUUAAUCCUAUGUGAGAUGGAUGGCAAAAGUUUGCCAAACCCUGUAAACGCAGACUCCGUCAAGAAAUAUUUCACUUGA